CAAAGUUUCAUCUUCUCUCCAUUCCCACUCAAACCUUCUUUCCUCCAUCUGCGUUUCCCUCUUCUCUUACUUGAAGCCAAGAGAAGGAAAAAGAAAGAAAAAUGCAGACGAAGAAGCUCUUUAUCUCCAUAGUCUCCUUUCUUCUCUAUGCUCCGUUCAUCUUAUCUUCACCAGUACCAGACCCUGAAGCUGUUGUCGAUGAAGUUCACAAGAGCAUUAAUGCGUCGGUUGCUGGAAGAAGGAAGUUAGGUUACCUCUCAUGCACCACUGGUAACCCUAUCGACGACUGUUGGCGAUGCGACCCACACUGGGAGACCAACCGUCAACGUCUCGCAGACUGUGCCAUCGGGUUCGGCAAGAACGCUAUAGGAGGCCGAGACGGUCGUAUCUACGUGGUGACAGACUCAGGAAACGACGACCCAGUGACACCCAAACCCGGAACGUUAAGACACGCCGUGGUCCAAGACGAGCCACUAUGGAUCAUUUUCCAACGAGACAUGACCAUUCAGCUGAAAGAAGAGCUGAUCAUGAACUCUUUCAAGACCAUAGACGGUCGUGGAGCGUCAGUACACAUCUCUGGUGGGCCAUGCAUUACGAUCCAGUACGUGACAAACAUCAUCAUCCAUGGGAUCCAUAUCCAUGACUGUAAGCCAGGUGGGAACGCUAUGGUGCGGAGCUCACCACGGCAUUAUGGAUGGAGAACGAUAUCGGACGGUGACGGUGUCUCGAUCUUUGGAGGGAGUCAUGUUUGGGUUGACCAUUGUUCGUUAUCUAACUGCGAAGACGGGCUUAUUGAUGCCAUUAUGGGCUCCACGGCUAUUACUCUGUCUAACAAUUACAUGACGCAUCAUGACAAGGUCAUGUUGCUUGGCCAUAGUGACUCUUACACUCGUGACAAGAACAUGCAAAUCACCAUUGCUUUUAACCACUUUGGUGAAGGUCUUGUUCAAAGAAUGCCAAGGUGUAGACAUGGGUACUUCCAUGUGGUGAACAAUGACUAUACACAUUGGGAGAUGUAUGCUAUUGGUGGAAGUGCUGACCCUACAAUCAAUAGUCAAGGGAACAGAUUUUUGGCCCCGGAUAUCAGAUUUAGCAAAGAAGUGACUAAGCAUGAGGACGCCCCAGAGAGUGAGUGGAAGAGUUGGAACUGGAGAUCCUCUGGUGAUUUAUUAUUAAAUGGUGCGUUUUUUACGCCUUCCGGUGGUUCAUCCUCCUCUGGCUACGCCAAGGCUUCGAGUCUUGGGGCUAGACCGUCUUCUCUAGUUGGACCGUUGACGGUUGGUUCUGGUGCAUUGAAUUGCCGCAAGGGUUCCCGUUGCUGAUUGUGGAGGCUUGCUUAAGUUUAUUUUUAGCAAAUUAAAAAGAAAUUAUAUAGAAAAGGCAAUUAAAGCCACCAAUUAAGGGGUUAAGUUAUAUAACUUUCAUUACCCACCUUUAAUUACUCUAUUGAUUUUUCUUCUUUUUGGGGUAAAGUUGAGGAGAAAACAACCUCUGGCUUCACUGCUCUUUUAGGACCCAUCUAAGGAUUUUCUGUUUUAAGGUAUCUUUUAUUAGGUUGAAAGUGUAGUAACAAGUGCAGAUGUGUUGAUCUUCAUAUUAAUAUAAUAUAAUUUGUGUA